AACUUCAACCGGCGUGGUUAAUCUGCACAAUGUAAUGCAAAAGAUCGCUUUGCCGGAUAGUCAAGGGAAAAUGGUGUACAAAGCUUUAAGAGAAAGAGAAGUAAGGACAGGAUUACCUACAAAGCUCCAAUUCAGUAAAUUAGGUGGAUCUAUUCAUAUGGCGAGGGCUACCAAAGAGGAACAUCAAGAUUCUAAAAUUGGGAAACCUGGAAUGAUUUAUCCUUACACUAAAACCACGAAUUUAAGCCCAGGUACGUUAAAACACCGUCCACUUCAAACGGAAAGUAUAUCGACUUCGUCAAGUGUUAGCACCGUGAAGGCUCAAGCGACAACGGAGAGGUCAACAGCGGAAAAAUACCCUACGUUGAAAGAAAGGUCAAAUCUACCCUCACAACGAGAAAAAAACCAUGUCUAUGGCGAACCGGGAUGUCCCGAUAACCCCUGGCGGGAUGCCGGUUUGACAGAGCUCUUCCAAAAGUGGAUUAACAUUUCCAAACAAUACAACAUUGAAUACGUUCUGUGCGGAGGUAGUCUCUUAGGGGCGAUGCGAAAUAACGAUAUAAUCCCGUACGAUUCUGACAUAGACGUCUUGAUUGAUAUCAAUUACUUUACGACUAUGAGAAGGCUGGCUGAGAGACGAAAUUUUUCACGGUCAGACAGGAAGAUCCAUUUGGUGCUGCAACCAGAAUUCACAUUGAACAUUCCAGUUGAAAAGAGGAAACGUUAUGAUUGUCAAGGCAAGGUGGCGCCAAAGCUUAUAGACGAAUGUUCUUUCCAGGAGCCACUUGGAAGACUCUUCAAGGGAAACUUACACAUUGACUUUUAUCACUUUUACGAUAGAGUGCUCUUUGUAGACGAUCCAAGCGACGAUAAACUCAAGCAGUACCCUAAGAAGGAUUUUUAUCCCUUUGAGCCGUGUAACUUCAUGGGUUUUGAAGCGUCAUGUCCACGCAACCCUUGGGAAAUUUCACGAAUCUACUUCAAUACUGACGAUUUCCUUGAGCCUAUUUAUAAAUGCAAGAAUGGAACUUGGGUUGAUGUGAACGGCAGAGCUGCGUAAGAGUUUUUAGAU